AUGAUAGGCAUUAUGCAGAGUGCUGAACUGGUUGAUCUUGACGAACAAUCGCCAACAUAUUGCGAAGCAACCAUUCGACAACAAUUCACCUCGACAAGUGCUUUUCUUGCUGACGGCUCAACUGCUAGCCCAGUGACUGUUGAAGAAUCCGUGUGUGCUGUAUGUGGCUACGAAAUUAAGGAUCAAUUCGUUUUGAAGGUAAUGUCGGACUCAUUUCACGAAUGUUGCCUACGUUGUGUAGCGUGUAAUCAGAAUCUUUCCAACAAUCCCACUUGUUUCUCAAAAGAUGGCCGACUCUACUGUAGGGAAGAUCAUUCAAUGUACGUUUGGAUACGGUAUUUUUAUAACAAUCUUUAUUGA